AUGGGGCAGCGCACGGCCAUGGGGGGUGGGGGGGUGCCGCUGCUGCCCCUGCUGCUGCCCCUGCUGCUGCUGCUGUCCCCAGGGGGGUCAGCGGGUGGCAGCUGCCCUCCGCGCUGCGUCUGCGCCUCCAACAUCCUGAGCUGCUCGCAGGCGGCGCUGAGCGCGGUGCCCACCCCCCUGCCGCGCUUCGCCGCCGUCCUCGACCUCAGCCACAACAACGUCAGCCGGCUGCGGGCGGACUGGGCACCGGGCCGGCUGGCACACCUGCACGCCCUGCUGCUCAGCCACAACGGCCUCUCCUUCGUCUCCACCGAGGCUUUCACCCACGUCCCUCACCUCCGCCACCUGGACCUCUCCUCCAACCGCCUGCGGGCGCUGGAGGAGAACCUCUUCAGCGACCUGGCGGAGCUGGAGGUGCUGCUGCUCUACAACAACGAGAUCUCCUCGGUGGACCGCACGGCUUUCGAGAACCUGGGCCGGCUCCGCAAGCUCUACCUGGGGCAGAACCGCAUCGCCCGCUUCCCGCUGGAGCUGCUGCGCGACGGCAGCCGCCUGCCCCAGCUCGCCCUCCUCGACCUCUCCGCCAACCGCCUCCACUCCGUGCCCGUGGGCGAGCUGCAGGCGCUGCCCGCCUGGCUCCGGGACCGCCUCUACCUGCACGCCAACCCCCUGGUUUGCUCCUGCCCUCUUUUCCAGCUGGUGGACCGCGGCCACCGCCGCCGGCUGAGCGCCGUGGUGGAUUUCCAGGAGGAGCUGCGGUGCUUGCCCCCCGCCGCCACGGUACCCGUCGGCAUCCUCAGCCUGGCGGGUCAGCAGCCCCUCAACUGCAGCGAGGCGAGGGAAGCGGUGCUGGAAGCCCACCUCGGGGACACGGUGACCCUGGGCUGCGACACUCGCUUGCGGGGGGUGCGGCAGCGGCACUGGGUGACGCCGGGCGGCGAGAGGGUGCUGGAGGAAGGGGGCAACGGCAGCGCCGCGCUCCUGGCCAACGGCAGCCUGCAGCUGCGGGCGCUGCGCCCCGAGGACGCUGGCACCUACGCCUGCUGGGUGGCAGGGCCCCUCCUCAACGAGACCCUCUACGUGGAGCUGCUGGUGCACAACUUCACCCUCCACGGCCCCCACGACACCCUCAACACGGCCUACACCACGCUGGUGGGCUGCAUCCUGAGCGUGGUGCUGGUGCUCAUCUACCUGUACCUCACUCCUUGCCGCUGCUGCUGCUGCCGCGGCGCUGAGAAACCCCCGGCCCCCCGGGACGACAGCAUCAACUCCUCGGUGCUCAGCACCACCCCCAACCACGCCGCCGGGGUCCCCGGGGAGCCGUGUCGGUCCCACUCGGCUUCCGCCACCGGCCCGGGGCAGAACGGGAGGUUCAAGGCGGGGGGCACCCCGCAGCCACUCGCCAGGCAUGGCCUCAAGGCACAGAGGAAGGUGUCGGACCCGGACUCGGUCAGCUCUGUCUUCUCCGACACCCCCAUCGUGGUGUAG